GCGAAAGUAACAAUUACAGAAUAUAGAUUCACGUUCGGAAGACUGUCAUAAAUAUCAUUUUACGGUCUAAUUUUCAGUUUCUAAUUAUGGAGCACAGAGAGAGCAGUGAGAGCUGUGUGUCUUUGAGGGAUCAAUCAAUGUAUGCUCAUCCUCAGUUCAGAGAUGAUCCUGUGACUUCUGAUCCCAGAGUUUUAAAACAUGUCCAUACUAGAGACCUGCAGCAGGAUUCUCCUGGACUAAUCAAUAAUGUUCUUCAGAGAGUCAAAGACCAGCACAAAACCAGCAUAAGGAACAAGUAUGAGAGAUUAUUUGAAGGAAUGAAAUUCCAGCAGAAUGAAACCCUCCUCAGCAGAAUCUACACACAGCUCUACAUCACAGAGAGAGAGAGUGAAGGUGUGAAUAAAGAACAUGAGGUUUUACAGAUGGAGAAAACACCCAAAAAACAACAAUCACAAGACACUCCAAUCUACUGCAAUGACAUCUUUAAAGCCUUACCUGAACCGGGAUGUGAGAAGAAGAAGAAGAAGAAGAAGAAACUGAUCAAGACUGUUCUUACUAAAGGCAUAGCUGGAAUCGGAAAAACUGUUUCUGUGCAAAAGUUCAUUUUGGACUGGGCUGAAGGAAAAGCCAAUCAGGAUGUAGAUUUCAUGUUUAUGCUUCCAUUUCGAGAGCUGAAUUUGAUCCGAGAUCAUCAAUACAGUCUUCACAAUCUUCUGCUGGACUUCCAUCCUGAGCUUCAAGAUUUGGACUUAAAGAUUUAUGAGGAGUGUAAAGUUGUGUUCAUCUUUGACGGUCUGGAUGAAAGCAGAAUCACACUUAUGUUUUCAGAUGAGCAGAAAGUUUGUGAUAUGACUGAGACUUCAUCAGUGGGUGCGUUGAUGUUAAACCUUAUGAAAGGAGAGCUGCUUGCCUCUGCUUUCAUUUGGAUCACCUCCAGACCAGCAGCAGCCAAUCAGAUCCCCUCCAAAUACAUAAAUCGUCUGACAGAAAUUCAGGGAUUCACUGAGCCUCAGAAGGAGGAAUAUUUCAGAAAGAGAAUCAGUGACCAGCAUCAAGCCAACAGAAUCAUCUCACACAUCAGAAGAUCAAGAAGCCUCCACGUCAUGUGCCACAUUCCUGUCUUCUGCUGGAUCUCAUCCACUGUGCUUCAAAAGCUCCUGAAAGAAGAUCUGAAUGCAGAAAUUCCUCUGUGCAGCCUGACUGAAAUGUACAUCCACUUAUUGUUGAUUCAGAUCAACAUGAGGAAGCAUAAGUAUGAAGAGAGAGAUCCAGAGAUGCUGCAGUCCAACAGAGAAGUGAUUGUGAAACUUGCUAAACUGGCUUUCAAACAGCUGAUGAAGGGCAAUGUAAUGUUCUAUGAGGAGGAUCUGAUUGAGAGUGGCAUAGAUGUCACUGAUGCCUCAGUGUAUUCUGGGAUUUGCACUGAGAUCUUUAAGGAGGAAUCUGUAAUUCAUCAGAGGAAAGUCUAUAGCUUCAUCCAUCUGAGUGUUCAGGAGUUUUUCGCUGCAUUACAUGUCUUUUACAACUACAUUAGCAACACUACAGAAGCAUGGUUUGAUUCACUGCAUAAUUUGCAUAAAAGAGUACUUAAUAAAGCUCUUGACAAUGAGAAUGGACAGCUGGAUCUGUUCCUACGGUUCCUGUUGGGCCUCUCACUGGAGUCCAAUCAGAAACUAUUACAGGAUCUACUGACACGCACAGUGAACAGCUCAGAGAGCAUCAAAGAAACCACACAGUACAUUAAACACAAGAUCAAGAGUCUUGAUGACAAUUAUGGAUUGUAUGUAUGUAAAAUUAAGAAGCGACACAAUCAAGUGCAAAAACAUCUCUCAGCAAGUCAAUCCAUCAAUCUGUUCCUGUGUCUGCUGGAAGUUAAAGAUCAGACUUUGUCUAGAGAGAUUCAGGAGUUUGUGAAAUCAGACAAACACUCAAAGGAGAAACUCUCUCCUGCUCACUGCUCAGCAGUCACCUACAUGCUUCAGAUGUCAGAGGAGCCACUGGAUAAAUUUGAGCUCAAGAAAUACAACACAUCAGAUGAGGGGAGAAGAAGACUGAUACCAGCUGUAGUCAACUGCACAAAAGCUCUUCUUUCUUGCUGUAAUCUAACUGAACAGAGUUGUGAGAAUUUGUCCUCAGUUCUUAAAUUCUCAAACUGUGUCCUGAAAGAGCUGGAUCUGAGUAACAAUGAUCUAAAGGAUUCAGGAGUGAAUCUGCUCUCUGAUGGACUGAAGAGUCCUAGUCAGUUGCAUAUACUAAGUCUUUCUGGGUGUAAUCUCGCUGCUCAGAGCUGCAGGAGUUUGUCAUCAGUACUUCAGUCCUCAAACUGUUCCCUGAAAGUGCUCGAUCUGAGUAACAAUGAUCUACAGGACUCUGGUGUGAAGCUGCUCUCUGAUGGACUGAAGAGCCCAAAUUGUCAGAUUGAGAUACUGAGGUUGUCUUGCUGUAUGGUGACAGAGGUAGGCUGUGGUUAUUUGUCUUCAGCUCUGAGUUCAAACCCCUCACACCUGAGAGAGCUGGAUCUGAGUUACAAUCACCCAGGACCCUUAGGAGUCCAGCUGCUCAAACACAAACUGGAGGACCCAAACUACUCACUGAAGAUACUCAAUACGGAUCAUGGAGGAGAGAUCAGAAUUACAGCAGGACUACGAAAAUAUGCAUGUGAUCUCACACUGGAUCCAAACACAGCAAACACUCGACUCAUUCUCUCUGAUGAGCACAGGAAGAUCACAUAUGUGGAAGAGAGGCAGGGGUAUCCUGAUCAUCCAGAGAGGUUUGAUGAGGAGCCGCAGGUUCUGUGUGUUGAGAGUCUGACUGGACGCCAUUACUGGGAGGCUGAAUGGAGUGGAUUUGCUGAAAUAUCAGUGACACAUAAAGGGAUUGGCAGGAAAGGAGCAAACCGUGACUGUUGGUUUGGAUACAAUGACAAAUCCUGGUGUCUGUACUGCAGUUAUCAAAGUUUCACUGUCCGUCACAAUGAUAGCUGCACUAAUAUACCUGCUGUCCAUCAAUCCUCUAGAGUAGGAGUUUAUGUUGAUGUGUUGGCCAGCACUUUGUCUUUCUACAGUGUCUCUGACACACACACACUCACACACUUACACACAUUUAACACCACAUUCACUCAACCCCUCUGUGCUGGAUUUAGAGUUUUUCUGAAGUCUUCAGUGUCUCUGUGUAAGUCCACAUGCACACAAAAGCCUGAUUCGUAUGAAAUAAAUUUUCUAAAUGACAUUUGAGUUUGUUGUGCUUAUCACACAUUGUCCAUGUAACAUAUCCACAGUGGUGUAAAAAGUACCUGAAAGCCAUACUUAGGUAAAAGUACAGAGAUCUUGCAAGAAAAUCUUAAAGUAUAUGAUAUUUAUUGUACUUAUGUCUACAAUUAUAUGCUUCAGGAAAAUGUAUCAUAGUAUACAUUUUAUUUAGGAAACCUAGUGGAGUAAAAGUUGGCAGAAAUCUUAAAAGUUAAGUAAAACACAGCUACUCCCAAAAAAUACUGUUGCAAUGUAAUUGUUUGAUUACAUUACACAACUGCAUAUCCAUUUUUAUAGUUGAGGUUAGUUAGGUUAGGUAUAGUUGAGGGUUUUCCAGAUGUGGACGUUACUGAAUGUUUUGUCACUAUUAUUGUUAUUUAUGUCAGUUAUUUCUACAUUUUGUCCAUUUGUACAUUUUUGUGUCAGUAAGAAAUAUCAGUUUACAUUUCCUGGAAAUUCAUUUUGCCGUUAAUUGUGAAUUGUGAAACCUCCUGCAAAGCUUUCUGAAAAACUAUGCUCAGGUGCACAGAGGGCAAAAGCUGUUUUAAAUGCAAAGGAUGUUCACUAAAUGUUGAUUUAAUUUUGUUCGUAGAAGUUCAAUGAUGACGAAAAUAUAUUUCUGGCAUUAUUUUUUGAAAGCAUCCUCAUUUUACAGCAGGGUAGGAUUAGGGAUAUAGAAUAAGGUCAUGUAGAAUAAGGCAUUAAUAUAUGCUUUAUCAGUGCUAAUAAAUGGCUAAUUUUCUAGUAAUAUGCAUGCUAAUAAAUGUAACUGUAAAAUACCACAAAAACAUAUCAAUUGUGGUUUUAGACUGUUCUGUUAGUAAGAAGAUAGAUACAGAUGCAGGAUAAGUGUCACUAAUUAAACAAUAUAAUAUUUAUACCAUAUGUUGAGGUAAUUGGCAGCCUGUAUAUUUCAGGAUUAUUGACCUGUGUGUGUUGUUUUGCUCAGAAUUUCUGUUCCCAUUCAUUAUGUAAUUUGGUUCUGGUGUUUCUAGCUAUUAGUGCUGCAAUUGUCUGUGUAUUUAAGGUCU